AUUGCAUCCAAGGGAGAUAGCAACAGCAACAUCAUCACUGCAAGCCGGAUGGGAGAGCAGAGAGGAGGCUGCUGAGGGAGAAAGGCACACACGCACACACCAGCUCGAUGUUGCCAAAGCGGCAGGAGCCGCACGAAAAAUAAGCCAUGCUGCUCGGUGUGUCUGGCGCAUUGUGCUCCAUCAGAGCCUUUUAGAAGGAAGAAGAGAAUUAUCUACUCCGAUUAUUUUUUCCUGCCUGCGAGAGUGCGACAGACUUGCAAUGGUUGAAUGUCAAUGCCUAUGAGAGAGAACAACAGUCAGAGGAGGAGGACAGAAGGGGAGGAAAAUGAAGGUGGGGAUGGUGGUGAAGAGAAAGAAGCACCCUCGUCCAAUGCAUCAAAAGGAGGUCCCUGCAAUUGCUGAUAGAGCCCUGGCCGCCUCACCAUCCACAAUGGUCUGUACAAGCUGCCAAUGCGUUUGAUGACGUUCCUGUUUUGUGAAAGGAGGAAAGGAAACGUGACCAUGUAAGAUCCACGUUUCUCCGGUCAAUUACAUGCGAAGAAUAGGUCUGAUUUCGACGGUUAUUUUUUUGGUCCAGGAUGGUAACUGCCUAGGGAAUAAUACAGCCACCUUCCCUCACCAGUUUUGCUCUGAUUUUUUCUUUUAUUUUUUUGGUGUGGUCCAGACAGCUGCUGGAAUAGAGAAGGUCAGAAUAUAUAAAUACAUCUAAAAUAUAUAUAUGAUAUAUAUUAUAUAUAUUAUAUAUAUAAAUAUAUUUAUCUCAGUACAUCUGGGAUUAAGCUCACUGAAUGCUAAUUAUUUCUUUCAGGACUUUUAAUAUUUACAGUGAAAUCUUUUAAAGGCAACAGUACAUUCUGACGCCACCUGGGAGUACAGUGUUGGAGACGUAGGGUGUUUUCCCAUAAACAAUGUGAAGGUCUUUUUGUUAAAGAGGCAAUUUUGAUAUUAACAGCAGCUACCCAUUUUGCAUUUUGAUAGCCAGACCGGCUGCUGUUUUGUUCGGGUACACACCAGGUCUCGUGCGACUGAGUUUUAUUUUUUAAUUGAAAAAAAAAAAAGAAGAAGAAGAAGAAGAAGAAAAGGAAAAUUACUUGAGAUGCCAAAUACUGUCGAGAGGACCAUACUGCCCCUCUUCCCCACACCCACUGGAGACGCGGACCCUUCUUUUUUACAGGCUUAGAAUCGCCGGAGCCGAGCUGGGCUCCCUCCGGAGCGCCGCACAGCGCCGUGCCCGCGCCCCCCGGACCCCGCGGCGUGGGAGAUUUCUUCCCUCCUCCCGCUGAUUUGCAAACAAACUUGUGGAAUCCGCCCCGUCCGAGGGGUACGGGGAUAAAAUCCCCCCGGGGAGCAGAGUGGGUUUGGUUUUUUUUUUAAUAUUACUGCAAGAUUUCAGCGGGCUGCCGGGGAUCUCCCCCCUCUCGCCCUCUUUUGUCGUUUCCCGGCCGGCGAGCGCAGCCCCCCCGCAGCACUGAGGCCUCAGCAGAGCCCCCCGGCCGCGGGGCGCCCGGCUCCUGCCCUUUCUUUCCCACCCCAUCCCCGCCUGUCAAGGAAAGGCACAUGUUAAUACCACCCGGCGCGGUCAUUUUCUGCUACUGCUGCUGCGGGCUCCUCCGUCCGAGACAGAUGUUGCGAAACCAAGGCCUCCUCAAGUGCCGCUGCCGCAUGCUCUUCAAUGACCUGAAGGUCUUCCUGCUGCGGAGACCCCCCGCACCGCCGCCGCCCUCGCCGCCGCCGCCGCUCCCCAUGCCCGGCGGCGCAGAGGCGGGGGCCGGCGGCGCCGCUCCGCUCGGGGGGCGCGGGCCCGGCUGGCGGGCGGCGGCGGCGGGCGGCGGAGCGGGCAGCCCGGGAGCCGAGGAGUGGGGCAGCCCCGCCGGGGAGCCGCCCGCCUCCCUGCCCAGCAGCACCUCCUCGGAUGACUUCGGCAAGGGCAAGGCCGAGGACCGCUACUCGCUGGGAAGCAGCGUCGAUAGCGGCAUCCGCACCCCGCUCUGCAGGAUCUGCUUCCAGGGUCCCGAGCAGGGGGAGUUGCUGAGCCCGUGUCGAUGCGACGGAUCGGUGAAAUGCACGCACCAGCCAUGUCUGAUCAAAUGGAUUAGCGAGAGAGGCUGCUGGAGCUGUGAGCUGUGUUACUACAAGUACCACGUCAUUGCCAUAAGCACAAAGAACCCUCUGCAGUGGCAGGCCAUCUCCCUGACAGUCAUUGAGAAGGUUCAGAUAGCAGCGGCCAUCCUGGGUUCCCUCUUCCUCAUCGCCAGUAUCUCGUGGCUCAUCUGGUCGACCUUCAGUCCUUCAGCCAAAUGGCAGCGCCAGGACCUGCUCUUCCAGAUCUGCUAUGGAAUGUAUGGCUUCAUGGACAUUGUCUGUAUAGGUCUAAUAAUACACGAAGGGCCCUCGGUUUACCGGAUUUUUAAACGGUGGCAGGCGGUCAAUCAGCAGUGGAAAGUGCUGAACUAUGACAAAACAAAGGACAUGGAGGAACAAAAAACAGGGACCAGGACAAAUCAGCGUCCCUCCUCCCAAACCACCCACUCGUCCUCCACUGGUGGUACAGCCACUAACUCCGCUCCGGCCGACAGCGGGGCCCGGGCCGCCGGCCAUGCCACAGGCACCCUCUCUGACCACCACUGUGCUUACACCAUCCUGCAUAUACUCAGCCACCUGAGGCCUCACGAACAGAGGAGUCAGUCUAGUAGUAACAGAGAGCUCGUCAUGAGGGUCACGACGGUCUGAGCCGAGGAAUUCAGGAGGCCUUAACGCAGAGCGGAGGAGACGCAGAACUCGUAACGCAGAGGAGCAUGGUGUGCCUUUUUCUUUCUCUUCCCUUUUGUUCUUUUUUUCUUCUUCUGUUCCUUCUUUUGGUUGUGGUUUUUUUUUUUUGGUAACUGCACAAGAUAUAAGAGGCGGCACCUGGCCAGCUGAGGAGAAAGCAGGUGGAGGGAGAGCUGCACACUCAUGCUAAAAAGGGUAAUGUUUUCCAGCCAGUUAAAAAAAAAAAAAAAGGGAAAAAAAAAAAGAAAAAAAAGAAAAAAAAAAACAACCACACAAAUCACAAAAAGAAAAAAAAACCAACAAAACAAGUGCAAUACAGACUAAAAACUGAGUAGGCAGAGUUCUGGGGAAGCAGAGGAACAGACGGUUUAGCAUGUCUUACAAAUCCUAUUACCUGGAAUAGGUGAUGCUCUGUACACACCCGCCCUACACACACACACACACACACGCACGCAAGUGUGAGAUUUAUAUAAACAAGGAAGGGAAUGAAAUAUUUGGAGUAAUUUUUUUUUUUUUCCAGACUGUGAUUAACCAGGGCUAUGAGUCGUUUUGUUCAUGAGUCAUUCUGGAACCUUGAUCGAUUUCCCAUAGGAUAUCUGAAGUGAAAUGGCUGGGGAUUUUUCAGUAGUGAUUUAUGGGAAAAACAAAACAAAACAAAAACAAAAACACAAAACAACCGACCGUUGAAUCAUCUCGCCAAGAAAAUGCAACAAAGCCCAGGCGUACCCAAAUUUCACCAAAACAAAAAUCGUGAUUUCUCAUCAUGUUCCUGACGAAAGGGUUUGUGAGGGUGGAGUUGGGAGGGGGGGAGGGAGGGCGUUCCAUGACCUUUAUUCGACGUGUAGACAUUUGUGGCAGAUUUUGUACAAAUGCUCCGCAGGUGUUUCAAGCACAAGUACUGGUGUGAUUUAUGCCUUCAUAACCCCAAAUCCAGCAUCCAGAUCUUCCCCAUUCAUACACACCGUUUUUCCAUGCAGGCAUCCCAGGUUAAUUUCCUUCCAUUUUACUGCAGUCACAAAAAGCUGACCCAUCUCUGUGGGUUUCUGCUACCUUGCUGAUUCACAUACUCAUACGUUUGAGAAAUACUAUUUUUUUUUCCCCAGCGUCUUUAUCCCUGCUGCUCAAUUUGUAACAGUCUCAGUCUUGUAGGCUGAACCUUUCACAUCCAGUUUGUUUGUUACCGAGUCUAUUCCAUUCAAUCGUUCAACAGAGAGUUAGUCUGAAGAGGGAGCACAGUUGCUGAUCGAAUAUAUAACACUUCUAAUAAGUCUCCUUCUCUGGGAUAUAUCCACGAAGGUACUUGUUGCUCUUCAGGAACAUUCUCUUUCAAUGCACAAUGGCUGAAUCAUUUGUGGAUAUUAAAGGGACACUGUCAAGUACUUUUUAAAUAGUUUUUAGAGUUUGAGCUUUUUUUACUCUCCAUUGUUUGUAAUAUUCUCUUACAAUCUUGGAAAUAAAACUUCUUUCCCUACUGAUACUGUUCUUUUCCAUUUGGCAUGUAGUAUUCUCUCUACUCGCCUCAUUCCUUUUACCAUCCCUGUCCUCCACCUUUCAUCUGCAACAGGAAGAGAUCCAUGUUUGCAAUUUCCUGCUCACUGCCCUCACUCCAUGGAGUGUAUCUCCCAGCUCUGUGAGGUUGAGUUCUUUUGCUGAUGCAGCUUCCACAAAGCAGGCAUCAGAGUAGAAAGCCUAAAACCAGAGAGAUCAGUUCAUUGAGCAGCAGAAGCUCAGGAGUCCAAAAACAGUGAGCCUGCAGUGAUCAAGCCUGAACCCAGCCCUCCCAAAAACUACCAUGACUUCAGCCAAACCAUGUCCAUUCUGCAGAAGUGCUGAGCAGCAGCACGCAGUGGCUGUGUCCAACUGCCUGUUGUCAUUGCACCAACACCUCCCACAGCUUUUAACGUGGCCAUGGCAAAUGCGGGCCACCAGCCCCCACUGCAGUGAGGCUAUCAUAGGUUGAGUGUUUCUGCAUGGAGGGAAACAUCAAAUUUAGCCCCCAGGUUUGAACUACCAGCCAUUCUGCAAUGCUGGAGAUGGAGGAUAGCAUCUUAAGGCAGGGUCAUGUUUUUCAUCCAGAUUACUUGACAGUGUCCCUUUGAAUAUCAGAAGGCAACGGAGCAGGUACUGCUCUAGCAGAGAAUUUAGGAGGUGAAACACCAGCCAAGAAAGCUGACGUGGUGAGGACAGAUGUGAACAGCAUGGUUUCUGAGGCCACCGUACCUUUAUCUGACCAAUCUUACUGUCCAGCAAAGAGUGCUUUUGACUGAGGUGAGGGAAAGGACAUUAGUGGGAGGACGGAGAGGAAGGGGCACUUCUGAUCAUCUCUAAAAGCAGCUACCCCAGAAUGACAGUAUUGCAGUGAACAGUCUCUGGAAGAAGUACUUCUGAUCCACAGUAGAGAGAAACUUUGUCAAAGGAAGCAAACACAGCAGCCUCACCCCCAUGCCUGUCCUGGAAACUGUGCUCGUUCCAAGAGACGGGUAAUGGUGGUGGUUUUGGAAAGGGGAAGACGUACACCAAUGAACAGAAGGCUGUCAGACAACAUGUUGCUUCCCUCCCUGUCCUCCCCUCAUUUAAAAUAGAGAAUUCAAAUUCCUUUAAUUUGGUAAAAGUCUAAAAGCUUAUCAGGUCAGAAGCACAAUUUGCCGUGCGAGAGUGGUGUGACUUAGCGAUCCGAGCACACAGGACUCUGCGUACUGUCACUCCAGCUCUGCCACCAACUCUGUAGCCUUGGGCUGUUUGGCUCAGUCCCCCAUCCACACAGAGGGGGAAUAACAAUACGUACCUACCUCACAGGGGUGUUGUGAGAAUCCACGUUGGUAAAGCCUGCUGAAGUGCCACAGGGAGUCGCGAGGCGCGUGGUGGGGGUGAGCAGCGCUGCCUGUUUGCUGGUUACAGUCCGAAUUGCUCAGCAGGAGAACCACGGGCCCUCUCCUGCUUGGAGAUCUGCCUCGAUCCGAAGCAGAGGGUGUCCUCCGAGUGCCCUCUCCUCCAUUGCAUGACAUUUUAAACAGCUGUGAGGUGCAGGGUAGUGACCGACAUGAAGUCCUACUUGACCAGGGAUUUGCUACAACCUUUUCUAUAUCUGUGGGGUUUGUUGGUUUGGUUUUUCCAUAUAUUGUGCUUAGAAAUAAACUUUCCACUUAGGGCUGGCGGUUUGGGGUCUCUUCUGUUGCAUGGCAAUGUAUACAAGUCUUACUGUCUGUCUUACUGUGCAAAUGAUCCCGCAGCCCAAUUUCAAAGAUGGGUAUGGUCUGAGCCUUUUCCUAGUGGCGUAAGACUCAAAAGCCUGUCUAGAUUGUUUAAUAUUUAAACACCACUAUGAAAUUGUCAAUUGUAUGUGUUCUGUGCAAUACAAAGCAUGUCAUUACCUGGCUUGAUGGGCAGAGGGGCAAAAGGAAUGUCAAAACUUGUUCAGAGAGCUUCAUACACGUGCCAGCUUGGAGCCGAAAGGCUGCCACCAGCAAAGCAAACUCGGUGAAGCCUUUGGAAAUUAUUUUCAGAACAGUUUAUUCCAAACAAGGUAAUUCCGAGUUUAUGAACUUCGAGGCUGCCAGCCUGAGAGAACAAGUGCAUAUUUAGUGUGGGGCUUUGGGUUUGGGAUUUUCUCUUUUCUUUCCUCCCCAAAGUAUUAAUGGCAGAAAUACUGAUGAGGGUCUCUUCCUUCCAUAGCACAGUUCUCUCGACUCCUACAACCUCCUCAUGCCAUCCCAUUUGUGCUACUAUGCAGGACUUUAAAAUGUGCAAAUAGAGAUAGUACGCUCCCGAGACAUGCAAAACGCAUUGUGUAUUGGAGCCAGACCUGUGUUGCAGAAGGUCUCUCUUUUUCCCCGCAUCUUUUCUCCAGUUGUCUGCUGGGUUUCUACAGAAAUGUUAUCUGUAUUUUCUUACAGAGCAGCCACCUCAGCUCCACCAACAAAAUUUGCUGAAUUUGGCAGCUGUUUCUCCCAGCUGGAGAAAAAUUCCAGGUCCUAUCACUGUGGACAACCCUCAGUUCUUGGGCUUUGUGGUCCUCCAAUGCUGUCUGGUGGCGGUCAAUGUGGGGGACUGUGUUCAGCCAUCAUCAAAAAUUGUGUGUGUGGUCCUGCUCAUUCUUGUGAUUUCUGCUAGUUCCCCAAUUUCACGUCAGUUUUGACAGGUAUUUCUGGUAAUGCUUUUCUGGUUAUGGUUUUCAGAGGUGUUUUGCUCUGUGUCACUUGUUACUGCUGUUCUUGCCUACUACAUCAGUGCUGGCCUCCAGCUUCCACAGCUCUUCCGUUCUUGCCAUUCACUUUCUUGCUAAAUAUCCACUGCCAAAUUAAGAUUCUUAUCAUCUGUGCCUGCAAUGGCUCAAGCAUAUGGACCAAGGUGAUCAGAAAACAGUGUUCAUUAAGAUUCUAUAUCAAUAGUCAGAUUCUAUCAAAGUCAGUUGGUCCGCUUCAAUGUAUAUUUGCCAAUUAAUGGUUGCCAUAGAAGACUAUCAGAACUCUUAUGCUCAGCUAACACUUGGUUUCUGAUUUAAAAUGUCAGAAGUAAUGAGAUAUUUUCUGAGUAAGUCAGGUGUGCUCCCUGAUGUGGAUUCCCAAGCAAGGUGCUGAAGAAGUUCAUGUCCUACCUUGCCAUAAUGGGUGACCCAAGGAAAGAGCAAAUCAGCUGCAGAGAGUUGAGUCAUUGGAUACUGGCAUUUUUAGUUGGGGAGACAGGCAAAUACUGCUCACGUCUGCCAAUUCCAUAACAGUGCUCAAAGCCCUUGCAUCUGGCAGUAGUAAAACAUCAGAGCCAAGACCUGCAGACAUUGUAGGUGGACAAUUCUGAAGACUUUCCAGUUUGGAAGACCAUCCCCUGCCCACAUCCAGUGGUCAGUCAUUCAAGCUGCUUCUCUUUGUUUUCCUCUAAAGAAAAAUGUUUACUUUGACUAAACAUCACGCUGCUACUCAUCAGUGUGAGAGCAACCAUCUUCCAACCCAUGGCUUAUCUACCAGGGCUCCUGCACACCUCCUUGUGAGAACUCAAAGCAAGAAGACUCCUUUCCCUUGCUGUCAGUCAAGGACUUAGAGGCAAAAUUGCUGCAGUAAUUGAUGCGAGUCAGCAGUACAGUUGCCUUAGGAUAUCCUAACCUUCUCCUCAUUCUUGCGCUAACAGAUUCGCCAUCCUCUUUGCCACCCCUGACCUCCAACACUGCAGAUCUCCUGAGCAGACACCGGCAUAGAAUUCCUCACUGACCAGUUUCAGUCUUGCUACAUCUGUCAUGUAUUCAGAUAGGCAAAUUCAUUUCAUUGACAGACAAUGACAUAUUGGAAUCCCAAGAGAAGAAACAAGUGAAGGAACUCGUUGUGUUGACCUUCACCUCCUUUCCACAUGGAUGGGGGUAUAGUGAAGAUAUCAGUUGGCUUUCGUAUGACAGCAGAGCUAAUAGCUCUAGGAAGAUUUCCCUCAAUAACAUGAGCCUGACACGCUGACGUUACUGAAGGCACUUUGAUCUCACAUCUAUCAUUUUGGAUGUAAGGAGAACUGAAUCUGACACUUCUGUGCUGUUGACACAAACAUCAAAACUAGCUUAGUUCAUUAUUCAAAUUACCUCCAGGUCAGUGGGUGAAUUUCUCCUUUGAUGAAAGAAUGAUGUUUUCUUUUCCAGAUUUGGAAUCACAAGAUAAAAUAUAUGUACAUAUAUACAUAUAUAUUUAUAAAUGUUUUCCUGGAGAAAAAAAAAAGAAAA